UUGUAUCUCCUCAACUACAUUUACUACAAAGGAAAGUGGCCGAUUGGGUUUGAUCCUGCCCUGACCAAGUUGGAUGAAUUCACCGUGGAUGAAAAUGAAAAGGUUCCAGUCCAGAUGAUGAAAAUAGAAAAACACUUUUAUACUUUUGAUGACGAAAUCGGCACAUUAGUCCUCCACCUUCCCUUCAGCAACUCCUUCUCAAUGCUGCUGCUGAUGCCUGAUAAUAUGACUACUCUGGAGAACAUGAUCAGUCCCACUCACGUUAUUGAAUGGCUGAAAGUAACAGAGUCUAGGGAUUGUGGCAUUUAUAUUCCCAAGUUUUCCAUCAAGACUUCCUACACCCUGAAUGAUGUGCUGAAGGAAAUGGGAAUGACAGAUGUGUUUGAUCAUGCAAAUCUGAGUGGUAUUUCUAAAGAACAUAACCUGACUGUAUCAGAGGUUGUGCACAGAGCUGCCCUGGAUGUUGACGAGGAAGGAGCCUCUGCUGCCGCUGCUACAGGAAACGUCGUCUUUGACUCUUGCUUGAAGCAAGAUUUGAAGUUUAAUAGUCCUUUCAUGUUCAUGAUUGUUGAACGAAGUACGGAGACCAUACUUUUCAUGGGCAAAAUUUCCAACCCAAACCUCUGAAGAAAACUUUGCAAGCGCAGUUGUAAUAAACCUUACAUU